CCUAAGCAGAAUUGGACAUCAGAAGAGGAAGCGGCGAGUAAAGCUGGAGUUGUCAAGCAUGGGGUGGGUAAAUGGUGUACAGUACUCAAGAAUCCAGAGUUUAACCGUGUCUUAUAUAUUUGCUCAAAUGUCAAUCUCAAGGUUUUUGAGAAUUGACUACACAACUUUCAAUGCAAUACUACGAUAUUUGAUUCCUUAACAAGUGUCCGUGGCAAGUGCCUCUAGUCGAAAACUCCAUUCAAUUCUCGAUACUUAAUAAACGUUGAAUAAAUGUUGGACCAUCAAUACGGGAAAACUCCAUUCAAUUCUUGAUACUUAAUACAAAAUAUCGACAGUAAUAUCUAUGUUAGAUUCUCUAGUCGAAAUACGGGGAAACUCCAUUCAAUUCUCGAUGGAAUUGGAAACGGAAUUUUGCGAAUUAACCCCGCAGUGGAAGAUAAUUUUUCAAAUUAUUCACUUCGGCCAACACACAAAACGAGACUUUACUACCCUGGGGCGUCUUUUUGCAAAAAGGCAAGGGAGAAACUCAGUAGCAGCAUCCGCCGCAUCUAUCAACUGUAGAGGAUUCAUUUAUUUACAUAUUUUUUUUAAUAUAUAUUCCCCUUUUUGUUGAAUACCCUCUCACCCCCGAAAAUUAAAACCCUAAUUCUUCCAAGCUCUUGCGGCCACGCCACCGAUCCCCAUUUCUCCCUUCAAUCAAAGAAGAAAAGAAUGAGUAGACAUUUGAGCAGAACUGUCUAUGUUGGGAAUCUACCUGGCGAUAUCCGUGAAAGAGAAGUUAAACAUUUGUUUAUGAAGUAUGGUCACAUAACUCGCAUUGAUCUAAAGGUUCCGCCAAGACCCCCUUGCUAUGCAUUUGUAGUGUUUAAAGAUGCUCUAAAUGCUGACGAUGCAAUUUGCGAGUGUGAUGGCUAUGAUUUUGAUGGGUGCCGAUUACGGGUCGAAGCUGCACAUGUUGGUUAUUGUAAUUCAUCUUCAAGAGAUCGAUACAGUAUUCACAGCAAUGGCCAGGGUGGUCGAGGAGUAUCCAGUCACUCUGAAUAUCGUGUUCUAGUCAAUCGACUGCCCUCUUCUGCAUCCUGCCAGGAUCUUAAGGAUCACAUGCGAAAAGCCGGGGCUGUUUGCUUUUCCCAGGUUGUUCAUGAUGGAAGGGUUACUACUGGGAUUGUGGAUUACACGAACUGCGAUGAUAUGAAAUAUGCUAUCAAAAACCUUGACGGCUCUGAGUUCCAGAACGCUUUUUCCAGGUCUUACGUUCAUGUGAGGGAAUAUGAUUCGAGUCGGGACUCUAGAAGUCCUGGUCGUGGCCCUUCUCAAUCUAGGGGAAGAAGAUAUAGCCACAGUCGCAGGUGCAGCCGCAGCCGUAGCUACAGUCCAGGACAUAGCCAAAGCAAAUUUCCUAAGGGUAAAUCCUCACAACGUUCACCAGCAAGAUUAGUUUCUCGUUCUCGCUCCAGAUCUAGAUCCUGUUCUUUAUCAGGACCACGAUCAAGGCCUAGGUCUCCAUUACCUCUGCGUAAUAAAAGCCCCAAAAAGCACAGUGCUAGCAGGAGUCCAAGUAGGAGCAGGACCCGUAGCAAGAGUUUGUCCAGAAUGGAUAACCUUAUAAUGGAGGCUAUAUCUAGCUUGAAUGAGGUGGGUGGUUCUAAUGAAACAAGGAUUGCUAAUUUCAUAGAGGACCACCACGGGUCACCCUCAAACUUCAAAGAGUCGCUGUCAGCAAGACUGAAGUCUCUCACAUCUAGUGGAAAACUGAUCAAGGUGAAAAAAUACAGGAUUGCACCUACCUCAGCAUAUCCAGAAAGAGGAAGACAAUCACCCGCGUUGGAAGGGAGGCAGAAUGCCUCUAUGAACUGUGACAGGGAUUUGAGCUAUAGCCCCACACAGUCUGAGUUAGACUUUCAAUUAGCAAUGAUAAUGUCCGUGUCUGCACAAGAGGCAGCCACAUUUGCUGAAGUGGAAGCCCUCAUAGAGGAAGCUGCAGAAGCUUAUGUAGAAGCUGCAGGGGAAAGACUGAAGGGGAGAAACAACCCCAAAGAUGGUGAUCCCUGCUUUUGAUUGAAGACAUCAGGAGCGUGAUCCACGGCUUCUAGUUGGAUAGACAACCAAAUAGACAUUUAUCAUUUACUGGCAUUAUUUUCUAUAUCUUACUUUAUUUAUGAAGAACUUCACCUUGAAAUGUCCUUGUAGAAAGGAAAACUGUUUGAAUAUUUCGUUGUAAUUUCUUGAGAGCGGUUGUUUCCAUUAGCGCUCUUCCGGUAUACAUUUCAUAGAAAGCAGAUGUUUAGAAAGCAUACAGAUUUUUUAGUUGACCCUUGCAACUAAAAAGCCUUUUAAGUUAAAACAAGGCUUUAUUAGAGGUAUUUUCAUGUUGGAACAAAGUGCCGUUUCAUUUAUAGAUUUGAGUAAAACUCAAACUUUGAAUUCA